AUGUUGGCUAACAAAAUUCCAGCCACAAGCCCAGCUUCUCUAGAAAUUGGGAAUCCAGUUCUUACUUCCAAGUGGCUUGAAGGCAGUGACUAUGAACAGGUCGUGGAGUUUUUCGUCACCAACUCUGAUGAGAAUAAUCCCUUGACCUGGGCAGACGGACUGGACGUCAGCGUUGAGUCCUCUUCGCUGGAGACCACCACUCCCGGCACCUUGCUUCGCCUGGGACCGAAACAAAGCGCUGUUGUUCAAGUUGGCGUCAAGAACAAAGCGGGUGUAAAAGCCGGAACGCAAUGUGAUGCGAAGGCGGUUGUGACCUGGGGCUCCAAAGACGAUACCAAGAAGUCGAGCAAGGACUUCUCUGGCCAGUGUGGAAUUGGUGACUAUGAUGCUUCGGAAAGUAGCCUAGGUCAUCACUGGAACCCGGAUUGGUUCAACGAGAUCAAAUACGGUAUCUUCAUCCAUUGGGGACUUUAUUCCGUCCCGGCCUUUGGAAACAAGCCAGGACCAAAACAGGAUUAUGCUGAGUGGUAUGGCUUCCGCAUGACUCAGCCAGAUUUUCCUUCCGAAACCUAUCAGUACCAUAAGGACACAUACGGCGAGAACUUCAACUACGACGAUUUCGUGUCUAACUUCACCGCCGCCAAGUUUGAUGCUGACGAAUGGAUGAAUUUGGUUGCUGACGCGGGAGCGCAGUACGUCGUACCGGUUACAAAACAUCACGAUGGAUGGGCGCUAUUCGAUUUCCCAGAGUCAGUCAGCAAGCGCUCAACUGUUCACUACGGCCCAAAGCGGGACUUCAUCAAAGAGCUUCUGGACGCUGCGAAGGCCAACCAUCCCAAGAUUCGCCGGGGCACCUACUUCAGCAUGCCGGAAUGGUUUAACCCAGCUUAUGUCAAGUAUGGCUGGGACCAGCAUUACAAGGGUAAUUACUUUGGGCGGCCACCAACCAAUCCCUAUACCAAGAAGAGCAUCGAAUACACUGGCUUCGUGGAAGUCGAUGACUUUCUCAACAACAUUCAGAAUCCACAGAUCGAGGCCCUGUUCUACAACUAUGAGACCGAGAUCCUUUGGUGCGAUAUCGGAGGUCCCAACAAGGCUGUAGAUGUCCUUGCGCCUUGGCUCAACUGGGCUCGUGAUAAGGGUAGGCAAGUCACUUUCAAUGAUCGAUGCGGCCCGUCUGGAGAUUUUAGUACCCCAGAGUAUGCUGGUAUCUCCUUCAAGGCUAGCAAAUUCGAGAGCAACCGAGGUCUUGAUCCUUUCUCAUUUGGAUACAACUUCAUGACAACGGACGAUGAAUACCUCUCGGGCGAGGAGAUCGUCAAAACCUUGGUGGACAAUGUUGUCAACAACGGAAACCUUCUACUGAACAUGGGUCCCAAGCCUGAUGGCACCAUUCCGAAGCAGCAACAGCUUAAUCUCUUGGAUGCUGGAGAAUGGAUCAAGAGCCACGGUGAAGGUCUUUUCGGCACCCGAUACUGGCCAACUGCUCAAACGUCUGGGGCACUCCGUUUUGCCACGAAGCCAGAUGCAUUUUACAUCCACCAUGUUGGUCAACCAUCUUCUCCACUUGUCAUCCAAGAGCCUGUGCCUUGGGUCGAGGGCGAUGUGGUGACUGCUGUGGGUGGUAGUGCUGAUGGAACAGUGCUUAAGGUCUCCACAAACAAUGGAUCGUUUUCGGUGGAAUUGCCUGACGAUGUUAUCAACGGAGACAAGUACAUCUGGACGAUUAAGAUUGCAUAUAGUGCUGGGAAUUAA